AUGGGCACAGUUCAAAAAAGAAUGCCCCAAAAGUGUUACCACAGCCAAACUGGAAGAGCCUAUAAUGUCACCCAGCAUGUCAUUGGCACUAUUGCACACAAACAAGUUAAAGGCAAGAUUCUUGUCAUGAGGAUCAAUGUGCAGAUUGAGCAGAUCAAGCACUGGAAGAGCAGAUACAGCUUCCUGAAGCCAGUGAAGGAGACCGAUCAGAGGAAUAAGAAUGCCAAAGAGAAGGGCUCCUGGAUUCAGCUGAAGUGCCAGCCUGUGCCACCCAAAGAAGCACACUUUAUGAGGACUAAUGGAAAGUAG